AUGUCGAUUGCUUCUAUUGAAAAUUUAUCGAACGAGGUUUUCUAUGAAAUAUUCGCUUAUUUUGAUGGCUUGGAAUUCUAUGAAGCAUUUUCAAAUCUUAAUCAUCGAUUUCAACAACUUCUUAAUUCAUCAAUUCUUCAAUUUAAAAUCGUUAUUGGCUCAUUAUCGGAUGAAACAUACAUGAAUGAAUAUGAACAACUGGCACGCGUUAAUCGACAACAAAUUGCUUCGUUAUGUGUAUCAUUAUCAUCAAUAGAGAUGGAUUUCUUUUCGUUAUAUCCAAUUGAUUUAUUUGUCAAUCUUGAAUCACUCAUUCUAAAUGGCAUUCCAUCACAAAUACUAUUUUCAAUUCUUACUGAUUUAACCUAUUUAUCUCGUCUUCGUUCAUUAAACAUUACUACAGAAUGGGAAUCAUGGGAUUUAACUGAAAUUUAUCGAUUAGUUUUUACUUCACGAAACUUGACAUAUUUUGCAUGUUCAUCAGAAACAAACAUGGUAUCUCUUCAAUUACCAGUUGCUACUAAUGAACAAUUAACAACUAUAGCACGCCUUAUUAUUGAUCAUUCUUGUAAUUUUAAUGAUCUUUCUCUAAUCGUUUCUUAUACACCUCAACUUCGAUAUCUUCAUGUGUCGUUGCUUGAUGAUGAGAAUUAUUCAAGUCCAAGAAUAUUACCCAUUGGUUUAUUCAAUUUAACGCACUUUUCAAUCGAAUCGUGUGAAAUAAAAUUUGAUGAAUUUAAACUUUUUAUUAGAGAAAGUGAAUGUAAUUUAAAAUUUUUGCGUAUUAAUAUUAAAUCUCAUGAUAGAAACUAUCUUGAUGCUGAUCAAUGGGAAAAUUUAAUCUCAGAAUGUUUACCACAAUUAGAAAUAUUUCAGUUUAAAUGUUCUCGAGCCGUUAAUCGUAAAUCUGUUUUUUUAAAAUGUUAUAAACCUCCGCAUCCAUGUACUUCAUUAUUUUGGAUUGAGCACCGAUGGACAUGGGAAGUUGAAAUGGAUUCAUUUGGUGUUGUCUAUUGGAUUCGUUUAUAUAAGGAUAGAUGGUACGAUGGAAAUUCUUCUAUUGAACUUUCAAAAUCGACUCUACUUACAAUAACGAGUAUUCCUAGUUAUGCAUUAAACUUACAUAUUCGUGAUAUUUUAAUAGUAACACCAAUUUAUAAUUUGGAAAUUUUAGAUACUAUGUGUUCAAUUACAUUAACUGAAAUUAUAAAUUAUUUACCUGCACUUGAUUCAUUGAAAAUUUCUUCGUUAACAUCAUUCCAAUCAAAAUUUUCAUCGUGCACAUUAAGUAGCAGUAAAAUUACAAAAGUUUAUUUCCAAUAUGUAGAAACAAUGGAAGAAAUUGUUUUUAUUUUUAAACUUUGUCCUUGUUUAACAUAUCUCAAAGUAGAUAUAAUGAAUGAGAUCGAUUAUAAAUCAUUUCUCAAAGAUAUUUUGCCAAAUAUUCAUAAAAAGUGCAAUCAAUAUCUUCGUUCAAUUUGUCUUCAUCUUCGAACAAUAAUCGACAAUGAACUGUUUAAUAAAAUAUACGAUCAUCAGAAACUACGUCACGAUUAUACAAUUGAACGAGAUCGUGGUAAUAUCUAUUUACAUCGGAAAUGA